AUGCAGAAAGGUAAUAUAUAUGAGCAAAAGCUACAAGAAAAAAGGAUUGAGUUGGAGAAGCUCAUGGAAUUUAGGGAUUUGUCUGAAACUUUAGCGCUGCAAUUAGAGGAAGUGGAGGAGAAGCUAAAUAAAAUGAACUCAGGAGCAGAAAGUGUAGCGCUUGUUCUAAGUAAUUGGCAAAACGUGAUAAGAUCUGUUUCAUUAGCUUCACUAGGAUUAAUGAAAUAUACUGAGAAGGAUUACCAAGAUAAAGUACCUUUGCCGGAGUCGUUAGUGAGAAUAAGGCUCGAAAAUUCCGACAAUAACGAAGGAAGUAUCGCAAACCCUAGCCUUGACGCGGAGGAUUCAAUCUCUUUAGGUAGAAGGUUAAAUCCAAAUUCAGAGCCUGAAAAUGAAAACCCAUUUAUAGAAGAAUGA